AUGGGAACGGCACUGUUGGUGGCGGGGUUCAGCUGUAGCCUUAUUGGCUGGGUCUUUGUGUACGCUUUCAUUUGCUACGUUAAUGCUCCACGGGGCUACGAAUGGAACUGCAGACUUGUUACACUUUUCCAUGGCAUCCUCAUAGUUUUACUGACCGCUUACAUUGCCUUCAUUGAUGGGCCUUGGCCCUUCACACAUGUAGGGGAAGAGAAUACGCCCAUGCAGGUCUUGACUGUGCUCAUCAGUAUGGGCUACUUUAUUUUUGACAUGGGCUGGUGCAUGUACUUCCGAACAGAGGGCCCCGUGAUGCUCGCCCAUCACGUUCUGAGCGUCAUGGGCAUGCUGCUGACCCUGGGCCUCGGGGAGUCCGGCACGGAGAGCUGUGCCGUGAUCUUCGGGAGCGAGAUCACCAAUCCCCUCCUGCAGACGAGGUGGUUCCUGAAGCGGGCUGGCCAGUACGACACCCUGGCAGGAGACGCUGUCGACGUCCUGUUCAUUUUCCUCUUUGGCCUAGUGCGCAUUGGCAUCGGUGGCUUCCUCCUCGUUGCCGUGGUAACGUCCGCCCGAACUAAGUUGGUGAUCAAGGCGGAAGGGGUGGCCAUCUACACCCUGUCCUGGAUCUUCAUGGUGGACAUCACCCGCUUUGCCAUCCGGAAAAGUUGUGGUAAAUACAGACUCUGGCAGGAGCGCCGCAUACAGAACAGUGUAAACGGAAAGGCUCAUCAGAAUUAGCUCCGACCUUAAAACGGCCAUCCAAUCACACCUAAGUGGCUCCCUAAUGGAAUGAAGGACAGAGUGCAGAGAGAGUAUCAACCAAUUAGCUAGCAUGGAACUCCAUGGAAUAACAUGGAAUUCCUGUCAUUUCUCAGGCAAUUGUUACAGUAAAUAUGUCAGCGACCAUUGCACACUGUGGAAUUAGUAAGCUGUCAAUAGUUUUCAACUGACCAACAAUUGUGACAAUUUUUGGCCUAGGCCUACUAUGUAGUGCUAUAGGCCUAAACUAGUAUGACUAUUCAGAUGCAGCCAUAGUUUAUUUAAUCAGAGAUCUCUGAAGUUUUGUAUGUUACUGUUGUAUGAUUUCAACAUUGGUUGUCAAAUGCUUUAGAUGAGGUAGGCUGUAGGUUUUAUUGUAGUGAAUCAGAGUAUGGAUGGAAUCAGUAUGUAAGACAAUGUGUAAAUGAGUGUUUUUUUCUAAGAUCGUUUAUAUUAAACCUCUUAACGGCUUGAAUAAACUUACAUACCGUACCUCUGAUCAACAAUAUGCUUUAGCUAUUUAAAUGUACGGUACUAUAUGGAUACAGUGUAACUGUAAAAAUGUAAAAGUAAGUGUUUGUAACCUAACUUCCGUAGGCCUACAGCACCUUUUG